AUGAGUAAAAUCCUUUGCUUCAAGCUAAUACAGUCUGUUCGUUUGAACCAACAGAACUGUAACGCGUGGUUUUAUCCCAACUUUUGUCACGUUUGUAAGAAGGAAAAUAUUAACGGUUUGUUAUCUUGUGGUGAAUGCGAUAUGAUUUCUUACUGUAGCAAUGAGCACAAACAGAAACAUUAUGAGAAACAUAUGGAGAUCUGUGGAUAUCUUAAAGAAUACAUAAAGUCGCAUAUGAAAAACGAAAUUGAAGUAGAUCACAUGACCUGGACAAAUUCAAGGCUUGAAUUUCUGAGUUCAAUCAAGAAACGUCUUCCACGUAAGCUAGAACUAUAUGAAGAGCAAAUGAUCCUUUUCGCAAAAUCAUGUUUUAGUUGUCAUCAGCAGAUUGAUCUGCAGUAUUGCCGAAAAUGCUGUUCCGAAAAUUACUGCGUUGUACACGCGUCAGAAUUUGAAAUUCAACAUGAAUCAAGAUGUGAUGAGUUGCUGUUAUGUAUUGAACUAGAUAUGUCAUAUCUCAAUAAUCCUUUACUUACAAAUAAAUUCACUGGAAUUUUAUGGAGACACAAAUUUUCAGAGGACAUGGUGAAUUUUAUUGACUACCACGUGCGAAAAGUUGCUAUGUACAAAUCGAGGGGAAUUGAAUAUUGGCAACCUGGUUCUUAUCUAUACUCCGAUUAUGUAUCAGGACCAUUGACAUUGUUUUAUGCGAUAAGGAAUGCGAAUUUGUUGCACUUUCUAAAUAUACCAUCACCUAAAUGUGUCAUUCAUAUAGUAGUAUCUACCUACCAUGAUAUUGAAUAUUUGGCAGUUUGGGAAUUGCUUUCUCAUAUUUUAUACCCUGCUAUAAAAUUAUUAAAAAUUGUCCUGAUAGGACAAGAAUUGACAGAGGAGGUUGACAGUAUCCAAUUUUGUUCUUUCUGUAUUAAAAAGAAGCUAAGGAUUAAUUAUGAAUUUUGCCCUAAAUUGUAUUGCGAUUAUAUGAAAUGUCAAACAUAUGAGAAACCAAGUGUAGUUGUAGGGUUUCAAGCCGAUUGUAAAGAUAAAGAAACGUUGUCAAAUCUCAUGCCCCUAUUCCAAAUUAGGAGUUGCCCAUUGCUUUUAACUACUACUUCAAAAACUAAAGCAAUAAUUAACGUUAAUGAGAUAAAUGCUGCACUAGGUACAGAUGUGAAACCUGUGUAUGAGGAAGAAAAUAAAUUUCGUUCUUAUAAACCACUGAGAGAUCUUGAGAAUGGAUAUGUUUACUUUCGUAAUAUGUAUGUAUCUAUUUAUCCGAACAUAGAGGAUAAACCUGGUCCAUCUGACGCGAUUUAG